AUGGACGACGACAAGGGCACAUCCAACCACAUUGACUAUGCCGAUGAACAGGGUCCGGAGGAUGUCUACGAAGGUAAAGGUGCCGGCCCCCCUAUGGAUCUUCACAAUCCCAAGAACUGGCCGCUGGCUACAAAGAUCACGACCUACAUGACCAUCUGCUGCUUCACCUUCCUCGCCAACGUCAACAGCAGCAACUUCACCGUCGCCACGAAAGCCAUCGUCAGCGAGUUCCACGUUUCCUCCACGGACGCAGGCCACCUAGUGUCGUUGAAUGUCUUCUUCUUUGGCCUGGGAAACCUCGCAUGGGUACCGCUCAUGCGCGUUUUCGGCAAGCGUCCAGUAUAUUUAGCCGCCCUGCUCUGCCUCUCGAUGAUGAACGUCUGGUCAGCCAAAGCAACAGGGUACUCGGAGUUGCUGGGCGCCCGGAUCAUGUCCGGACUUGCCGCUGCAGCCGCCGAUGCGACAGUCCCGGCUGUGGUCGCUGACAUGGUGCUUCCGGAGGGUCGCGGCCACUGGUUGAUGAUCUUUCAUCUGGCCUUGACCUCGGGUUUGUUCGUGGGGCCGUUGAUCAACGCUUAUAUUGUGCAAGAUGCCGGCUGGCGCUGGAUGUGUUGGUUUCUGGCCAUCGCGUCCGGUGUCGUCUGGCUGGUGGGCGUUGUCACGAUCCGCGAAACCACGUAUCUGCCCGCCCGUCAAAAUGCAGCCCAUCGGAAGUCCGAGGCCUCAUAUUGGAGCACACUCUCCUUGAGACAUGGGUACAACCCGGAUGCAUCCUUCCUGCGUACCGUCAAAGCGAUCCUAUCCGCAGCCGCAUACCCGCAACUCCUUUGGUGUGCGUUCACGAUCGGCGUCUCAGUAGGCUGGAACAUCGUCGUGCAACUCACCGCAUCUCACACCUUCACCUCCUCCCCUUACAACUGGCCCGCAGGCGACAUCGGCCUUCUCUCCCUAGCUGGAUUCAUCGGGUCCCUCCUGGCAUUCUAUGUCGGCGGCCGACUCAUCGACCAGAUCUCCACGCGAUACACCCGUCGACGGGGCGGCGAGCGCCAGCCCGAGUAUCGUCUCCCGGCGUUGAUUGUGCCAGGCCUAGUCGGACCAGUCGGGAUUUUGAUUUUCGGGUUGUGCAUCGCCCACCGCACGCACUGGAUGGGCGUGGCGGUGGGAUACGCGAUGCAGGCGUUCGGCGUGGCGGCGAUUUCGAACGUGGCGGUGACAUAUGCAUUGGAUUGUUAUCACCGGAUCGCAGGCGAAGCCUUGGUGAUCAUCUUUGUCAUCCGCAACACGAUUGGCAUGCUGCUCUCGCUGUACGCCAGCGACUGGAUCGCGCGCCAGGGCGUGGCGGUCGUGUUCGGCGAGAUGACGGCGAUCGAGGCCGCUAGUUUGCUCUUGGCGGUGCCCUUGUUCUUCUUUGGGAUGAGGUUACGGGCUGUGACGAGGAGGUAUGGGCCUAAUCGGGGAGAUUGA